CGCUCUCGCCAGCUCUCUCUCCCCCUGUGUUACUCACUCGCAGCCUCCUCGAGCAACACCAGCAGCUUAGCAUCACCUGCCGACGGACGCCGCACCAGGCGAGAUGUCUCCACUUUUGAGCCGGCGUCUGUGAAAGAUGGGUACGAUGAAAAAGGCUCGCAAGUGACACUUCGUGCACGAAGGAGACAUAACAGCAAGAACAGAAAAUCAAAGCGGCCCUGCCUCGUCGGGGGAGCGAUCCGCCAAUAUGAUGGAGAUCCAGAUCGACGAGGUGGUCUAUCAGGAUGACUACGGCUCCGAGUCCGUUAUGUCGGAGCGGGUGUCAGGCCUGGCGCGGAGCAUCUACCGCGAGUUUGAGCGCCUCAUUCGUUGUUACGACGAGGAGGUUGUCCAGGAGCUUAUGCCGCUCGUAGUGAACGUUCUGGAGAACCUGGACUCCGUGCUCACCGAGAACCAGGAGCAUGAAGUGGAGCUGGAGCUGCUCAAGGAAGACAACGAACAGCUGCUGACGCAGUACGAGCGGGAGAAAGCGCUGCGCAAGCAGGCUGAAGAGAAAUUCAUUGAGUUUGAAGAUGCACUCGAGGGUGAGAAGAAGGAGCUGCAGACGCAGGUGGAGAAUCUGGAGCUGCAGGCCAGGCAAAUGGAGCUCAAGACCAAGAAUUAUGCGGACCAAAUUACUCGCCUGGAGGAGCGUGAAUGGGAGAUGAAGAAGGAAUAUAAUGCACUUCACCAGCGGCACACAGAGAUGAUCCAAACAUAUGUGGAGCACAUCGAGAGGACAAAAGCCCAGCAGGUGGGAAGCAACAGCCAGACGGAAGGAACAGGAAGCAUUAGAGCUCAGCGCCAAUCCUGGAAGAAAAGCAGGACAGAGCGACCGCCCUCACUCAGCCUGUUAGCCAACAUGGAUGGGAUGGUACGUGGGUUGCAGGGGGGGGCUAGGAUGACGCCCGGCUCUGACGCCUGGCACACCAACGAGCUCAGCCAGCCUCUCUCCAUCUCCAGCUACAAGGAUGAUGAGUCCGAGUCCGGCCAGUCCUCUGCUGCUGCAACUCCCAGCACGGCUGGCACCAAGUCCAACACCCCUACCUCCUCAGUGCCAUCUGCAGCUGUCACUCCACUCAAUGAGAGCUUCCAGCCAAUCAUGGACUUUGACAUGGCGCGGAACAACAAGAAGAAGGGCGCCAAACGUCUCAGCCGCAAUAUGGAAGUACAGGUCUCACAGGAAACAAGGAAUGUCAGCAUAGGGAUGGGAAGCAGUGACGAGUGGUCAGAUGUUCCUGAUAUCAUCGACUCCCCUCCUGACCUGGAUGUGUGUCCCGACCCCAGGAUCGGUCGCACAGGGAACAGCCCAACCCAUGGAAUUGUUAACAAGGCUUUUGGGAUUAACACGGAUUCGCUGUACCAUGAGAUCUUCACUGCUGGGUCAGAGGUGAUUGGGGACGUAGAUGAGGGCGCAGACUUGCUUGGGGAGUUCUCAGUGCGUGAUGAUUUUUUCGGCAUGGGGAAGGAAGUCGAGAAUCUGCUGAUUGAGAACACCCAGCUUCUGGAGACAAAGAAUGCCCUGAACAUUGUCAAGAACGACCUCAUUGCUAAGGUUGAUGAACUGUCCAGCGAGCAGGAGGUGCUGAGGGGCGAACUGGAAGCUGUGCGGCAGGCCAAAAUCAAACUGGAAACCAGGAUCAAAGAGUUGGAAGAGGAGCUGAAACGGAUCAAAUCAGAAGCACUGGAAGCACGGCAGGACAACAAGGAAGAAAGUGUAGAUUGUUACUCAUCACCCUUACAGGAUGAUGUACCCAUGGCCCAGCGACGGAAGUUUACCAGGGUGGAGAUGGCCCGCGUCCUCAUGGAGAGAAACCAAUAUAAAGAGCGACUCAUGGAACUGCAGGAAGCAGUGCGGUGGAGUGAGAUGAUCAGAGCCUCACGUGAAAAUCCUCUAUAUCCAGAAAAGAAGCGAUCCAGCAUUUGGCAGUUCUUUGCAAGACUCUUCAGUACUUCCUCAAGCCCACCUCCAACCAAGCGCUCCUCUACUGCAGUUAAUAUACACUACAAGUCGCCAACGCCAGCAGGCUUCUCCCAGCGCCGCAGCUACACCAUGUGCCAGAUCUCCACCAGCAAUCCUUUCGAUGAAUGUGGCCUGUCCGCUCGGCGGGAGCAGCGGCGAGCACAGUAUCGGCAGGUCCGUGAGCACAUGCGCAUGGACGACGAGCUCAUGCAGUCAUGUGGCUGGAGCCUUCCAUCCCGCUUCAAGCAGCUGAGUCCAAAUGGUGGUCAGGAAGACAACCGUAUGAAAAGCUUACCGGUGCCUGUCUAUUGCCGUCCACUAGUGGAGAAAGAUCCUACAAGAAAGCUGUGGUGUGCUGCAGGUGUGGAUCUGGCUGGCUGGAGACAUCCUGAAGACAGUCCCCUGAAUGGCAUUAAGUCAUCUGCCAGCAGUUCUGACCCACUGAAUGCUGAAGGCGAUGCAGAGGAGAAAGAGAGCAACUAUAGUUCACCAGAGAAGAAAAAGGUAAAGGACUCCCUUUCUAGCCGUGUGUGGAUCAUAACCAGCACCCAGGCAGCCAGCAAAGUCGUCAUCAUUGAUGCCAAUCAGCCUGGCUCGUUGGUAGACCAAUUCAACGUCUGCAAUGCCCACGUACUCUGCAUCUCCAGUGUGCCAGCUGCCAGUGAGAGCGACUAUCCAGCCGGUGAGAUCUUUCUGGAGCCAAGUGAAGGGACCUCAGAGGAGACCAGUGGCAUGGAAGGUGUCCUGGCUGGAAUCACCCUCGUGGGCUGUGCCACGCGCUGCAGUGUAGUGCGUAGCAACUGUUCAUCUCGUACAGACACUCCCAUUCUGGACAAGGGACAGGGUGUGCCUCCCAUGAGCAAUGGAAAAAUCAACCAAAUCAACCAGUCCCAAUCAGCCGAGGAGGCGACCGAAGCCACGGAAGUGCCUGAGCCAACGUUUGGUGAAACAGGGAAUACGGCUGCCAGACCCGGGCCAUUUACAGAGCACGUCUUCACCGACCCUGCUGCGUCCCAGGCGGGCGAUGGAGAAAAUCACAGGGAGAAGGACAAUUCUAAGGAAGAUGCCAAAACAACUUGUUCUGAGGACCAGGAGGAAGGAGAUGAGCCAAGCCCUGUUACAAGUGCUGCCCCCACCAUGUGGCUGGGAGCCCAGAAUGGCUGGCUCUACGUCCACUCUGCCGUGUCCAACUGGAAGAAAUGCCUGCAUUCCAUUAAACUUAAGGACUCCGUUCUCAGCCUUGUGCAUGUGAAGGGGAGAGUGCUGGUUGCCUUAGCAGAUGGGACUUUAGCCAUAUUCCACCGAGCUGAAGAUGGACAGUGGGACCUGAGCAACUACCAUCUAAUGGACCUUGGCCGUCCGCAUCACUCUGUCCGCUGUGUGGCUGUGGUACAUGACAAGAUCUGGUGCGGCUACAGGAACAAGAUCCAUGUUAUCCAGCCAAAGACCAUGCAGAUUGAGAAAUCCUUUGAUGCCCACCCAAGACGAGAGAGCCAGGUGCGCCAGUUGGCAUGGAUUGGAGAUGGAGUGUGGGUGUCUAUCCGUCUGGACUCGACUCUACGGCUGUACCACGCGCUGACACACCAGCACCUGCAGGAUGUGGACAUUGAACCAUAUGUCAGCAAAAUGCUAGGCACCGGAAAACUGGGCUUCUCCUUCGUACGGAUCACCGCACUCCUCAUAGCUGGAAACCGACUGUGGGUUGGCACUGGAAAUGGAGUCGUCAUUUCAAUCCCACUGACUAAAACUAUAGUGUUACCCCGGAGGAAUCCCCUGGGCCUGAGGGCUACUAAAAUAUCCCCAACAUCCUCGGAAGGUGGGCCGUCUGGAGGAGUCAUUCACGUGUACGCCGACGAAAACUCCGAGGCCUCUGAUGGCAGCUUCAUCCCGUACUGCUCCAUGGCUCAAGCCCAGCUCUGCUUCCACGGGCACCGCGACGCUGUGAAGUUCUUUGUGUCUGUGCCAGGUAACGUUCUUGCCACCCUGAAUGGCAGCGUUCUGGACAGCCCGUCGGAGAACCCCAACAGCACGGCGCCCAGCGAGGAGGAGACGCAGCACGUGCAGAAGGUCCUCGUGCUGAGCGGUGGCGAGGGGUACAUCGACUUCCGCAUCGGUGACGGUGAGGAUGACGAGACUGAGGAAGGAUCCUCCGAAGAGCAGCCAGUAAAGCCCAUCCUGUCAAAGGCAGAGAGAAGCCACAUCAUCGUGUGGCAGGUGUCUUACCUCCAAGAAUGAAGCCAAGGUCGGGCUCCAGAGAUACUGUGAAUGACUUGACUUGUUCCAACUUCCUUUCCCAGCCCUCUGGAGAAGCCGCAGCCCAGCCGAGUGACUGGAGAUGUGGCCUCCUUGUAAAGGUCUCAUGCGUUCUCAUUUACUUGUUCGAUCCUGAGAUGGCACCUCUUUCCAUCUGUACAUAGCAUCUGUAUGGCACAUACCUGGGUGGAGAAGGAAGGAAGGAGUUCCUAGUAUUUGUGGCAGGAGGUGACCGUCGGUGGGGCCACGUGACAUGUGCUGCCAGGUCUUUACCGUGGCGGUGUGUGCACAGCAGGUACGGGCGCCACUGGGCUGUUUGGCAUCACUUACCCCAUCCUCCGUGGCAUCUUUCAGCUUGGCUUUGCUCUUGGACUUGUUCCCUUGGGGUGAGAUGAUGGGACCAUAAAAGUCGUGCAAUGCAAGUUCCUUUGCUUGCGUCACCCUUGAGAACCUUAAUGGAUCAAAACCAAAACCCAGCCUUGAAUUUGCGACCCCGGAGCGAGAAGACGGCCAUUGAAGCUUUGAUCUCCUGCAUUCCUUACUGCUGUCAUGUCCGAUACCCGCCUUGUGCUUUAAUGGAAACGGGAGGAGGCGCGUUACCUGCAAACCCAUGGCUUGAUGUCCCAGUCUACAAAGAACAACAUGUUUUAAGAAAUAACGUUUGCUGUAAAAUUCUGUCCCGGCUUCCCCCCCAUGUUAUGUAAGAAAAGUGUCAAACAUGUAUUAAACAUAUGUGUGUUGCGAAGUA